AUGAGUAGUUGGUCAAACGACGAAACUAUGGCCUUUCUCGAGGCAUAUCAAGGUGAACCGUGCAUAUGGAAUCCGAAGGACGUAAGCCACAAAGACAAAAAAAAAGUAGCAGACGCUUGGUCUCAACUUAGUAACACUUUAAAAAAGCCAGUUAAAGAACUGAAGACGAAGAAAGAAAUAUUAAUGACAACCUUUCGUAAACAUUUUAAAAAGAAACAAGACUCCAUUCGUUCUGGUGCAGGUACUGAAGAUAUAUACCAGCCCUGUUGGUUCGCAUACCACUUCAUGGAAUCGUUUUUAAUGCCAGUAUAUGCCUGUAAUUAUCCUUUGAAUACUGAAACGGAUAUUGAAAGCGAACGGAACCGAUUAGUGUUAGAAUCUGCAGAUAGCGCUAAUGGUUCAGAACACCUGAACGACCCAGACUACCCAUUAAAAAGGAAAAGAAGAGAAGUUCAAGAAACAAAAAGCAGUGCUGAAAAAGAAAGAACUGAAUGUGAAAUGUAUGCCCGACUAUUGGUACACAAACUUAUGAAAUUAGAGGGAGACGACAGAUUGAUCCUCAUGAAUAAAAUUGAUAACUUAGUUUUUGAAACUACAAUGGAAGCUAACGCAAAUAAAAAGAUCAAACCUAAUAUAUCUAACCAGAUUCUAUGUAACAUCACAGAUUCAUCACGCUGCGAAACCUCAUUAUGUGAUAUCCGAUCAUCUCCUUACCAGCAAUCGUCUCCACAAGAAUUAAGUACUGAAAACUACGUAAUUCUUCCAACAUCGUCAUCAACCUAUUCAUCGUCUAUCGUAGGUAAUAACUCACAAUGUACCCCUUUGAUACAGAAAACAGAAAUAAAAAAAGAGACUUAG